AUGAAUUCAUUGCCAUAUCUUUUUAUAUUUUCAAUACUUAUAUCGUUUUCAAAGUCUUAUGUAACUUGGGACCAGGAAAGUCGGUUACACCCAGUCCACGGAUUGUACGUAAAACCUUCGAAUGACGGUACCACAGGAGAUCUUUAUGUAGCUGCAACGGAAAAUGACGGAGCUCAAUCACAAUGGCUAACAGAUCAGCCUGUAAACUUUCUAACUGCAGCUUCACAAGUUAAAUCAAAAUCAGUCCCAGUAUCUUUUACGUCGCGGCUGACUAAAACGAGUUCACCUAAUGAAGAAACUAUUGUUUCCAAAAAGCGAGCAGUAAUCAAGAGUCCAGCAGUGAAGUAUGCAUACGCUGUUCCUGGAACAGAGGCGAUGGUCCCUUACCCAUAUCCCAUGAGACCGAAACAAGCAGAAGAAUUUUCACCAUGCAGUAACAGCUUUCCGAUGAAUCCUUAUUCCCCCUACAACUAUUUCUACCCAUAUAUGAUGUCCGCACUUACAAACGCAAUGAAAACAAUGAAAGAAAAUGAAGGUAGCGAAGAAACCCAGAAUAUGAUACCACAAACACCACCACCAUAUUGGCCUCAUCCGUAUACAUAUCCUUAUCAAUACGUUAUGGUAGAUCCAACUGCGUGGUCGCAAUCCCAAACCGAUGUUUCACCAACACCAACAACAACAACAUCGAGCGCAGAAAAUGCUUAG